AGUGGCAGAGGUAUAUUUUAAAUUUCAUAUUGCGGUCACGCUGGUCGCGGUUGAUGUGUGCGCGGACAGUGAGUGAAAAAACGAGCUGAAAAAUCAUAAUAAAUAUAACGCUAAUACAACAAACGUGUCGAACAAAUAAAUAAUGGAUAGCACAUUCCACGAGGGAUGGCUUAUCAAAUCACCGCCCACAAAGCGCAUUUGGCGUGCUCGCUGGCGUCGACGCUGGUUCACGUUGAAGCAGGGCGAGAUACCGGAGCAGUUUUGCCUUGAAUACUAUACGGAUCAAUACUGCCGUAAGCUGAAGGGUGUCAUCGAUCUGGAUCAAUGCGAGCAAGUCGACUGUGGACUGCGACUCGAGAAUCGCAAGCAAAAGUUUCAGUACAUGUUUGACAUCAAGACGCCAAAGCGCACAUAUUAUCUGGCCGCUGAGACGGAGGCAAGCAUGCGCGAUUGGGUGAACUGCAUCUGUCAGGUGUGCCAUCUGCAUGACACCAAGCAGUCCAAUGAGCUGCCACUGGGUGCCACAGCCACAGCAACGCCCACAGCAGCCGCAACUACAGCGCCAACAGCCGAUGAGAUUCGCAGCGCACAGCAACACACAAGCUCCAGCGGCGCUCUGAGCAACUCCACGCAAAACACAACAACAACCUCGCUGCAUUCGUCGGCCAGUUCGCUGCUGCGUCAGCGUCCAUCGGCGGCGGUUAUCGAUCAGCAGCCGCAGAGCAGUCUGCAGCAGCUGCACAACAACAACUCCGACUCGGUCUACGUCAAUACGGACUACAACAAUCGCGAGACCUUGCUCUGCGACGCGCACUUCGAUCAGCAACAGUUGCUCUCGGCUGCCCAACAACAGCCGCCGCCUUCGCCUGCCACGGCGCUCUAUUUGAAUCAGAGUGCGUUGAUACAGGCUCAAGCCCAGGCAGCAAUUGCCGAACAACAGCAGCAACAGGCUGCUCGCCUGGCUGUUAAUGCCAAUGGUGUGGUUAGGAAGCUGCCCGAGCAUUUAGUGCUCACUCAGCAAACGUUGGCUGAAGCCAUGGCACAGCAGCACAGCAGUGUGCAAGCGUCGCCAGCAUUGAGCACGGCCUCGGGGCCCUAUAUACCAAUUAGCGAGUGCUUCACGGGCAGUCCCAAGCUGCUGCCGGAUGGCCAUGCGCUGGCGGGUGCACUGAACAAUUUGGAUCCCAAAUUCUAUGAUACGCCGCGCAGUCACAACAACAUUGGUCUCAAUCUGACCAACGAUCAAUCCUACUCACCCAAAAUAACCAAUUGCAGUUUGCAACAAUUGGCCAAUGCCAACAGCAACAAGCAGCGUAGUCAACGCUCAGAUUCGGACUCGGAAAGCGUUUUCACCGAUGAUGACGAGUGGGCACAUCCUUUGCCACUGCGCGAGAAUGUUGAUCGCAGCACGCGUCCUUCGGACAGCUCCAUUGAGAACGAAUCUUUUGUGCUGACGUAUUCGCAGCGCUUUUCCAAAAUGCCUGAGGAUGGCGUUGCCUUGGCGACCACAGCAAUUGAUAAGCAUGGUAAACUAAUUAGCAGCCAUACCACAGCUGCUGCCGAUGGCGCUGGCGAGCAUCAUACGCUUGAGAAGCUGGCCAAGGUGCUGAAGAACAAAAACAAUCUCAUACUGGACUUUAAGGAGAAUGAAAAACUAACGCGAGAUUUGCCGCAGCUGUCGGACACGGAGAACACAUCGCCUGCGAUUGUUGCCACACGCCAUGCGAAUUCCUCGUUGAUCGAAGAGAGCUAUGACAUUCCACGUUCCCAUCAGCUGCCCUACUGCAACUUGGGCCAGCUGCUGGGCGAGCGUCCUGUGACCAGUCCGCACAAUUCCAAUCCCAUUGCUGCCUCCACACCGAAUCUCAUGGCUGAUGCCAGCGCUGCAGCGCUAGUUAAUCCCAGCCCGGCAACAUCGCACACUGUCACCGCUACCAAUUCACCGACAAGUGCACGCACAUUGCCACGCCCACAUUGUUAUACAAAUGCAGCGCCCACGCGCAUGGAGGGCAAUGUGUUUCGUUAUGAUUUCAUCGAGCAAACCGAUUGUCCACCUGUUAAUCGCAAACUAAAGCCGAAGCCGGCCGAGUUGACGCACAAGGCGAGUGUGGAGGAUAAGCCGCCGGAGGAGUUUCCCGCCAAGCCGCCAGUGUGCUCCAUGGAGCAGCUGACCAGCAAAUUGGGUGCCACAAAGCUGCAGUCUGGCGUAGCGCCGCCCAGCGUGGAUCGCAAGUGCAAACCAAUACAUAAGAUGGGUUCUUCGGCAACCAUGUCAGCGGCCAUGCGUCGAUCCUCGGGUGCUCCGCUGUCGAUGGUGCUGCCCCAUGAGACGGAUGUGCAUUCACCAGCCGCUUCGGGCUAUUUCCAUGAGACACGCACGCUGCCGCGUCAACAGCAUCGUCAGCAUCCCAACAGCCCGGGCAGUCAAUCAGUGCAACAUCAACGCACCGCCUCCGCCGCUGCAGCCAUGACAUCCACGUCGGCAGCAGCAGCUGCGGCUGCAGCAGCGGCCGCGGCACUGAAGCAACAACAUCAGCAGCAGGCAACAAGUCAACAGCAACAGUCGGAGCACAAGUUGCAGUACUUUGAUCUGGAUGUGACUAACAAGCCGCCGCUGCUCAAUCGCCAGAGCAUGAGUGUGGGCAAUCUCUAUACGCAGGGCGGCACAGCGGUGGGCGGUGCUGGUGUGCGUCUGGGGGCAACGGAUGCGGCGGCUGUGCGCGCCCCAGUUAAGAGCAGCGUUGUCUACAACUCGGUGGACUUUGUCAAGACGGAGGCGUUUAAGCGCAUACGCGAGGAGCGCAACAAGGAGAGCAGCGAGAGUGGCAGCGGCAACAAGUAAUGAGCAAACGAGCUGCUUCCGAAUCUUCCACAUGACUCACAUGAUUAAUGUGCAAUAAUAAGCGUCAUUCGGAUCUAUUUUUUUGUAGUGCCUAUAUAAAUGCUGUCAACACAGUGCAAAUUCUA